AUGUCCAAAUCCCAUCUCUGUGAAGUUGUGCCAUCUGACUAUGAGUUGCCCUGUCCCCAUCGAGGGGACGGUAAGCGCCCUUCUCUCUGUGGUACUCACCGCAAGGAGUACCGGCAGCUCACGAAGGCAUACAAGGAGACGUCCGAAGAAGCAGAGGAUCUGUAUACGCGCGCCGCAUGCUGCGACCCAGAGAAACUUUGCACCUUGGCCGAGGUAGAAGAAGCGGCGAACACCGCGAGGCUUUGCAUCGAAACUAUCAACCAGGAGCUCCGCGAGCGGGAGGAGCAAUCCCGGCGGUUCUUCAUCAAGCGGCACGGCGGGCAUGAACGUUGGACUAACAGUCUAUGCCAGAAGGCACGCGAGAUAGAGCGAAUCGCAGCUACGGUGGCUCUGCGCAAGGUGGACCUCGUCGUAGCUCUGGCCAAAGAGGAGCGACUUGUCCAGUGGCGCCUUGCGACACAGCGCAGCAAGAGGCCUCAAGCCACGUUGCGCAGCGUCUCGCAGUUCAACAGCGGCCGAACCACGAGGACGCAUAUCCCCUCGAGUGUUUCCCAAUCCGGCCUCUACUUGUCACACGAGACCUGCCACUACAGCACAUGCGUGGCGCAUUCGGCAGGCAUGUCCGAGGACGGUCUUGUGCGCUGCACCCACGAGGCGUCGCACGGCUCUUCCCGGUGCCGGCAGCACACGGACGAGUACACUCGGACCAAACUCGAACUGCGCACGAUGAAGGACGAACUUCGUAGCGUCGCGACGACCGUCUGCCUUGCCCGGGAUCGCAGCGAAUACUCGCUGUCGACUGUCGCCCAAGACAUCGCCGCCGCCACUCGCUUCCUUGCGCUUGAGGAUUCCGUCAAGACGAUGAUAGUGACGACGAAAAGGUUGAAAGGAUACCACGCCGAAUGGAGCCAGUCAAACGAGGCGGCGUGCUCGGGGCUUUAUGGCUUGACCCGGGAGGUCGUCGCAAAGCUUCUUGCCCGACUAGAACGCGCUCGAUCGCUACUCAGGCCCAAACCAGCACGGGCGACGCAGGGUCCAGACUUAGCGACGUCUGCAGGACAUUCACAAGCGUCUCCGUAUCAAAUGUUGGGGACGAAUCGGGCGGCUCUCCCGCAGCAUCCUCCCAAAGGCGAGAGCGGAGGCUGGCGGACAAUCAUGGAUGAGGUGGAGGAAGCGCUUACAGCCACGCAGCGUUGUAUCAUAGAAAUCAACAGAUCGAUCCGCGAGGACAACGCGCACUACAAGCGACUUCUGAAGCAAGUGGAUGCUAUGCACGAACGACGGAACGAUCUUCUGCAGCAGAGGCGCGUAUAG